GUCUCUGUCCAUGAUGCCGGGGAGCGGAGGGGCGCCCCCGAGCGCGUCCGGGAGCGCUCCAGCCACGUCCUGCUCAAGGGCCAGGAGCUGCCCAUGGACACCCAGUGGAGGGAGGCCUUCGAGGGGGCCUACGCUGAGCUGGGGGGGCGCGGGGAGAGGGUCCUGGGGUUCUGUGCCCGGUGGCUGCCCCCGGGGACAGUGGCACCAGGGAUGGACCCUGAGGAGCUGCCCGAGGUGGCCACAGGGCUCUGCUUCAGUGGCCUCGUGUCCAUGAUCGACCCACCACGGGCCACCGUGCCCCAGGCGGUGCUCAAGUGCCGCACGGCCGGGAUCCGGGUGAUCAUGGUGACCGGGGACCACCCCAUCACGGCCAAGGCCAUCGCGGCCGCUGUUGGCAUCAUCUCCGAGGGCAGCGAGACCCCCGAGGAGGUGGCAGCAAGGCUGAGGGUGCCUUUGGAGCGUGUAGACCCCAGGCAGGCCCGGGCACGGGUGGUGACCGGGGCUGAGCUGGCGGCCAUGACACCAGAAGCUCUUGAGGGUCUCCUCCGGACCCACCCCGAGAUGGUCUUUGCCCGCACGUCACCACAGCAGAAGCUGGUCAUAGUGGAGAGCUGCCAGCGGCUGGGCGCCAUCGUGGCGGUGACAGGCGAUGGCGUCAACGACUCCCCGGCGCUGAAGAAGGCCGACAUCGGGGUGGCCAUGGGCAUCGCCGGCUCCGACGUCUCCAAGCAAGCAGCUGACAUGAUCCUCCUGGAUGACAACGGCGUUGAGCAGGGCCGCCUGAUCUUUGACAACCUGAAGAAGUCCAUCGCCUACACCCUGACCAAGAACAUCCCGGAGCUGACCCCGUAUCUCAUCUACAUCACGGCCAGUGUCCCCCUGCCCCUGGGCUGCAUCACCAUCCUCUUCAUCGAGCUCUGCACUGACAUUUUCCCCUCCGUGUCCUUGGCCUAUGAGAGGGCCGAGAGCGACAUCAUGCACCUGAAGCCGCGCAACCCGCGCCGUGACCGCCUGGUCAAUGAGCCCUUGGCUGCGUAUUCCUACUUCCAGAUCGGUGAGACAUGGUCCUUCGCCGGCUUCACCGACUACUUCGUGGCCAUGGCGCAGGAGGGCUGGUGGCCCCUGCUCUGCCUGGGCCUGCGCCCGCAAUGGGAGGACACCCACAACCAGGAGCUGCAGGACAGCUACGGCCAGCAAUGGACCUUCGAGCAGCGGCGCUACCAGCAGUACACGUGUUACACCGUGUUCUUCAUCAGCAUCGAGAUGUGCCAGAUCGCUGAUGUCCUC